AUCUAUAACUCUGAUAAAAUUAUGCAACUACAAAAUAUUAAAUAAGAACAUAGUGUAGUGUUUUACUUCAAAAUACGCCGAAUCUGACUUUACUGACAAUGAACGUACGAGGACCCCGCCAGAAUCUUAAAAAGAAUAUAUAAACUUACUUAAAAGUGUCUAAAAGCCGCGAUGAUCGAUUGGGUGUCGAUAGUGCGUCACUCCCACAGGAGGUUCUCGAAUUACAUGUACGGCGUGCCUAGCAAAGUUCGAAAGCGUCGGCAAAAGUUCAUCAAGAGGCAGCAGCAGAUGCCUGGCAACGGGGCUGCCGCCGGUAUGCCGCACGGAUCCAAAUGCUCGUGUUGUUGGGCAGGCGAUAAAGUGCAGAAAUCCCGCUACGCGGAAGAGGACAUGCCGCCCCCGCCGUCGCCGCCCCAUCAGGUCGCCCCGCACGACGCCGUCUCCAGACAGGGGUCCCUGGAUAGGGGAGGCCGCAGGAGGAGCUCGGUGGAGAGGGAACAAACCGCGAAAGAGGUUCACAUGCAGGGUAACGACAACUGGCAAGGCAACGACAGCGAUCAGGCACACUCACCUCUGUUAGGUUCCGGGGACAAACCUGUGAACGGCGACGAUGAGUGGGAGUACGAGGAGAUCAUCCUCGAGAGGGGCGGCGCCGGCCUGGGCUUCAGCAUCGCAGGCGGUACGGACAACCCCCACAUCGGCGACGACACCGCCAUCUACAUCACCAAACUGAUACCCGGUGGGGCGGCGGCGAUGGACGGCCGCCUCCGGGUCAACGACUCCAUUCUGUCGGUGAACGAUGUGCCCGUGGUUGACGUGCAGCACGCCAUCGCCGUCGAGGCCCUCAAGAAGGCCGGCAACACUGUCAAAUUGUGUGUGAGGCGUAGGCGGCAGCCGCGCAACAUGCGCCUGAUGGAGAUCGAGCUGGUGAAAGGGAACAAAGGGCUGGGCUUCAGCAUCGCCGGCGGCAUCGGCAACCAACACAUCCCCGGCGACAACGGCAUCUACGUGACCAAGGUGAUGGACGGCGGCGCCGCGCAGGUGGACGGCCGCCUCCUCGUCGGCGACAAGCUGGUGGCGGUCAGAGACGCAGUGAAGGGGGAAGUAAAUCUGGAAAAUGUGACUCACGAGGAUGCCGUCGCCACGCUGAAGACCACGCAGGACCGCGUCGUCCUCGUGGUGGCCAAACCAGACAGUGCCUUCAACGCCCCCGCCUCAGAUACCUCCUACUCGCCGCAGUUGUCUACAAAAGCUUCCCAUGGCUACGCCGAUUCCGUACACUCGGUACACUCCUCGAACAUGGCGCUCCAUGCUCCAUCCACCCCUAGGGCUGUCAGUGCAGAGGACGUAUCUAGGGAGGUCCGCACUAUCGUUCUCCAGAAAGGUCCCAACGGUCUGGGCUUCAACAUAGUUGGCGGUGAAGACGGAGAGGGUAUCUUCAUCUCUUUUAUCCUAGCUGGGGGACCGGCGGACUUGUGCGGCGAACUCAGGAGGGGGGACCAAAUCCUCAGCGUGAACGGGGUGAACUUGAGGAAUGCCACUCACGAGGAAGCGGCACAAGCCCUCAAAGGCACAAACCAAACUGUCAACGUAGUGGUACAGUACAGACCAGAGGAAUACAAUAGAUUCGAAGCCAAAAUCCAUGACCUUAAGCAACAAAUGGCCCACCCUGUCACGGGGGGCACCUUACUCAGAACAUCACAAAAGAGGUCUCUCUACGUUAGGACUUUGUUCGAUUAUGACCCGAUGAAGGACGAUGGCCUUCCAAGCCGCGGUUUGGCCUUCCACUACGGCGACAUCCUCCAUGUCACGAAUGCCAGCGACGACGAGUGGUGGCAAGCGCGGAGAGUACUUAAUACUGGAGAUGAACAGGGUAUGGGAAUCGUCCCAUCCAAGAGGCGCUGGGAGAGGAAGCAGCGCGCCAGAGAUAGAUCUGUUAAAUUUCAAGGCCACAUGCCUAACAUACUCGAAAAGCAAUCGACUUUAGAUAGGAAAAAGAAAAACUUUUCGUUCAGUAGGAAGUUCCCCUUCAUGAAAAGCAAAGACGAUAAGUCUGAAGAUGGUUCAGACCAAGAACAAACUCCUUCCGAACACCAAUUAUCUGCUAACGAUAAAGAAAAAACACCUCAAUCCUUCAUGCUGUGCUACACGCAGGAGGAUGCCAACACAGAAGGUGAAAUAUUAUAUCGGGUUGAGCUACCGUAUAUGGAAGAGAUUACUCUAAUUUAUUUGGAAGAUAAUGACAAUUUAGCCGACUUUAGCAACGAGGAGAGCGUAUUGUCUUACGAACCAGUCCAGCAGAUGCAUAUUACUUAUACUAGACCAGUUAUCAUAUUAGGGCCGCUGAAAGACCGUAUCAAUGACGAUUUGAUCUCGGAGUUUCCGGAAAAGUUCGGCAGUUGCGUGCCACACACCACAAGACCAAAAAGGGAAUACGAAGUAGACGGUAGGGACUACCACUUCGUGUCCUCACGGGAGCAAAUGGAAAAAGACAUCCAGAACCACUUAUUUAUCGAGGCGGGUCAAUAUAAUGAUAACUUAUACGGCACGUCUGUGGCUUCUGUAAGGGAAGUAGCCGAUAAGGGUAAACAUUGUAUAUUAGACGUUAGUGGGAACGCAAUAAAACGAUUGCAGGUAGCGCAAUUGUAUCCUAUUGCUAUCUUUAUAAAGCCAAAAUCUGUAGAAUCUAUAAUGGAGAUGAAUAAGAGGAUGACGGAGGAACAAGCAAAGAAAACAUAUGAAAGAGCUUUGAAGAUGGAACAGGAGUUCGGAGAAUACUUUACAGCCGUUGUACAAGGAGACACGCCGGAGGACAUCUACGGCCAGGUGAAGGAGGUGAUCAAUGAGCAGUCUGGCCCCAACAUCUGGGUGCCGGCCAAGGAGAAACUGUGACCUUUGGCCCCCCUGGUGUGGACGCUGCCCUCGAGGCCCCAAAGGCUGCACUGAAGGAUGGCGGCUGGUCUCUGCUGGAGACCGCCGCCUCGUUGUUGACUCGUGCAGUGCCUAUUACCUGCGUGCUUGCGAAAACCAGCUCAUUAAUAAUUUAUUCAUUUGUUAUCUUGGGGUGUGUUACCGCCGACGAGGACACGACCGUGUAGGGAUGCCGUUUGGUUGAGAUUUUAUCGAUAAUACUCAUUCGAUGCUUCUCGUUUUGAAUAACACGAAGGUUAUAAGGUUUUUGUAAAUUUUUUUUCAUGUACUCGAUAAAUUUUUUUGUUUAAAUCCUAUUUUAGCGAUGUUAAUGAUUUUCUUGGUUUAAUUAUUCUGCGCUCUGUUUUAUCCCACUUCUGAUUCGAUCUGCUCGUUUGUGGUCCUGUGUCUCUCGGCCGUAGCGCAUUCCGAGUUUGUUACUGACAAAUACACAAGUAGACUUAAGGAAAAUAAUCUUGUUAGCGUUGGAAGGAGCGCGUCGCCCCGUCGCGUCUCACUCUACCGUAUAAGCUUGUAUAGAUGUGGAUAACCUCCGAGCCCCUUGUUUUGAUUGCACUUGUGUUAUUUAAUAAAUUAAUAUAUUAUAAAUAUAGUCAAAUUUUGAAACCUUUAUAAUAUUCAAUUGUUAUCUGACGUAUAGGUAGUUUUAUCAAUGUUUUUUUGUAGUCUAUGUAUAUUUACAUUUGAGGAUUCCCCUGCCAAUAAUUUAAAUCGAAGGAUUGUAUAUACACAGAUUAUCUAUGUGUAGUAUUAUUAUAACAGGAAUCUGUUAUUGUUAUUUGAGAAAGUUGUCACCUAACUUAUUUGAGUUAAUAAAACAAAUUUUACUAAG